UCCCAUUCAUAAAUACUUUGGUAUACUAAAUGCAAAAGGAAUUGCAGUAGUUUAAAAACUCUUUUCAAAUUGCAGUAGCUAUCAAACCCAUUUUAAGUUUUAACCUUUUUUUACCAGUUUACAGUCACAAAUACCAUCCAAAUUGUCUUUCCCCUUCUACUUUCAACAUGAGUAACCCUUCAGAUGAAAGGGAGCAGUGUCAGAAGAAGAGAAAAUCUACCAGUUGUGAAGGCUCUACCUCGAGGACUUCAAGGAGAAGAUUGUGCAGCAACAAAAACGAAGAAGAGAAGCACAAGGGAGUCUCCACCACACUGAAGCUUUACGACGACCCGUGGACGAUCAAGAAGACACUGACUGAUAGUGAUCUUGGAAUCUUGAGCAGACUCUUGUUGGCUGCAGAUUUGGUAAAGAAACAGAUUUUGCCUAUGUUGGAAGUUGAUCAUGCAAGAGCCGCGGAAACUGAUGAAGGAACCCCAGUUAGAGUUCGGGACAUAGAUACCAAAUCCAUGCACCAACUCGUUCUGAAGCGAUGGUCUUCAUCCAAGAGCUAUGUUCUUAUUGGAAAGUGGAACCAAGAUUUUGUUAGGAGAAGAGAGCUCAAGAAAGGGGAUGAGAUCGGAUUCCACUGGGAUCCAUAUAAUUGCACUUUCAAUUUCUGUGUUCUUAAACGGGCUAUACCAGCGAACUAAUCAUAGUGUCAGUCUUAAUUUAUAUUCCAAUUGCUGAGGAAAAAACAUGAAGUCCUAUAUGUUUUUAUGUUAACAUACAAUAAUGGUAUUGUAAUAACUAGUACUUCAGACUAAUUAUUAGUUUAGUACCGAGUUCUUACAUAGC